AUGGCUACAGGUGGAAUAGCAGAGGAAGAUCUACAGUGUCCAAUAUGUACCGAGGUCUUCGGAGACCCCAAAAUGUUACCUUGUACACAUCGGAUCUGCAAAUCAUGCCUAAACCAAUUUAUCGGGUCUAGACCGAAAGCAACUACAGCCCCUUGUCCUUUAUGCAACCAGCCGUUCAAAAUCCCCAAGAGUGCACCUGGAAGCAGAGACUAUGCAUCGCGCUUCCGUACUGAUGAGAUUCUCCAGGGUAUUGUUCAUGAGAAGCAAAAGAUGAAGUUGAUGAUCACAGAUCGCCCAGUCAGCACGUGUUCCCUACACAAUGCAAUCAAAAGUAUGUUUUGCUUCACCUGCAGCAAACUUGAAUGUGUUGAAUGCAUUGCAAUGAGACAUAAACGGUGUCAAUCUAAAUUCCCCUUGAAAGAUGCCAUUCCGCGCAUACAGAACAAAGCUACAGAUUACUUGGCUGAAGUGCAGCCUCUUUUGAAGGGCGUUUACAGUUCAUUGUCUCGGAUACAUGACCAGAAACAGAAAGCGUUGGACAACUAUUCAGCAGUUGCGUUUGCUCUUGAUACCCAGAAAAGUACAUGGAUUAGUUUAGUUGAGGACCAUUACGCACCCCUUGAGCAGCUGGCCACCAGAGCACAUAAAGAUAACAUGGCCCAACUCAACACUGUCCUGUCCGAGUUGCAACAGUCACAGCGGGCUCUGGAAGAGUUCCAGUCUUCUUUGAACAAGAUCACUUCCUAUGUUUCUGUUGACGUACUAUUUCAGGAGGAAGGCAAUUAUGGUAGCAAACCACCCGAUCUGGAAUCAAUGCGGGGGUUGAUGAGGAGGAGGCUGACCAUAGAAUCACUUAAAUUUAUGCCACUUCCAGUACCUCGCUUUCCAAAACGGAAUCAUAAAACAGUACUUGGAGAAAUCAAAAGUGGCUCGGAAGUAGUACGUGUUCAUGACGACACUAUGAGCACCAGAACAUUAAUACUUCUCAUGUCUGGAUGUUUGAUUACCUUCUUGUUGGCAAAGUGGCGCCGUGUAUGA